AUGCUGGCUCCCGGUAUAGUGUGCCUUCCUGCAGUACUACCAGCCCGGGGCCAGGCCAACGCCCUGUGCUUCCUAAGAGCCAGGGUGCCCCAUCCGCCCAGGCAGGCCUGGCACGUUCAUUUCAGAGCAGAGCCAAGCCUUUGGCAGGUUGGCUUGAAGUGUGUUGCCGGGGGCCAAAAUAAUUCCACUUCAUCCCCAGAGCUUGAUGGGCUGGCUUGUCCUGAUUGGGCCAGUCUGGCUGUUUUUUUCUGCCCUAAACCCUCUGUGAAGGCCUUGCCAGACGCCCGCGGGUUUGCGAGGCUUCUCAGCACCAUCCCCGGGAGGAGAGCAGAUGCUAAUCUACCUCAGCAGCCCGGGCCUCCUGGUGUCACCGUUAGGGGCAUCGCUGGCUGGUGGGCGGGGGUGCCAGGCACGUGGGAGAGUGAAGCUGUGGGGGGUUGGGUGACCUCGGCUGCCAGUGCCCCUCCUUGGAGGGACGUUACUUCACCUCCAGGCUCUGAUGGCUCCGCUGUUCACAAGUUCCGUGUGUCCCUGCUCCGGGCCCGGCCAGCGGCCAGCUGCUCCCUCCUGUUCUCGUCAGUUCAAGCCCUGCCACGUCUGUGCCACCAGACCCGCGCUGUUGCCGAAGACCUUUUCCUUUUCUGUCCUGAGGCAGAGCCACCCACAUGGCAGAAGCCGGAACAGACACCUGUGCUCUGGCCGCUCCCGCAGAUGCUCCUCCCCUCGAGCUGGGUGGCCCUGGACGCGGGCAGCCGGGUUUGUGGUGGGACCUCCCUCCUCGGUGCUGCCGAGUUAGAGGUGGGGGCAGAAAGUGCGCGCCCAGCCCAGCUUCACAACAGAAAAGCCUGUGCCCUGGGUGCCUUUUAAAAUUCACAGUGGUUCACUGCCCGCCCACCCCUUUGGGUCCCUUCCUGGGCUUCGGCCUCCCCUGAGGGCUGAGGAGGACAGAGAGUUGGACAUAAUCCCCCUUGAAGAACCUGGGUUCCUGAUCGUCAGAGCCUCUGUCUCCAGUGGAGGGUGUGCUGCAGGCUCCCGAGUCAGGACCCUGAGUGGGCCGCCUCCCUCUGCUGCCCUCCCAGCUCACGGCCCUGCUCCUCCCCGACCGGAGGAGAAUCAGGUUGUUGACAGAUGACCUGGAACCUGAAUCGCGUCUCUCCCUGCACAGAAGUAGCCGCUGACUUGUCCUCUUCUAGCCUAGUUCUUGUGUGAAUAGUGACUCCUCCAAAGGCUGAGGAUGACCUGGUGCCCCAGCCGCCUCCCCACCCCACCCAAGCUCUCUCUAGGGUGGUCACACUCUGCGUGGCCUCCUUCAGCUCCGAGCUGAUCUGGAGCCUUUUUGUGUCUGAAGUGCCUUCCUUGCCCUAGUCUCAUGGCCGCCACGUGCACUGUGUGGCCGGCCCCCGGCAGUUACACAUGAGAGGGACACAGACUGUGAGUUUCCCUCGUUUCCACUCAGCCUCACACCAUCCUACCCGCCCCUCACUGUGUCAGGAUCAGGUUGUUUCCAGUUUCUCCCUUGUGGGGUGGCUGCAGGCCUGUGAACUUCCUCCCACGGCCCCCAGGCACCUGCCUAUUGAGGAAGUCCAGAGCUUCCAGGGGCACCAGGCCUGCCAUGCUCUUCCACCUCCCCCCACAUUUAAAAAAGGUACCCUUGCUGUCGUCUCUUGGGGUCUCUCUCUCGCUUCCCAUUCAACCCAAAGUCUAGGCGAUAAGGUGUCUAUUUUUGCUUCCCGGUCACCAGUGUUCCUCCCAGGUGCCCAUUUGAUGUGGGUGCUGCUGGCUGUUGCAGAGUGCCCCUCCCACCCCUGCGCAGUGUCUCCUUGUAUGAGCAGCAGCUCCCCUGCCCGUUGCCCACCUUGUCCUCGCUCUUCCGGGUUGUGCAAUAACUCUCCCAGCUAGUGGUCUUCCCCACAGGCCCUCUGUCCCUUUCAGUGCCCAGCCACUGGGGCAGGACAGUCUGCCCAGAAGGAAUGUUAGCCACCUCCUCUGUUGCUGUCAUUCUCCUGACCCUGGUGGCACACCAGUGAACCCUGGAGCAUCAUCGUAGCAGUCCAUCAUUUAGGAAUAUCUGUUGGAAAAACAUCCUCACCACAAUGGGGCAUUAAUAUGUCAGUGUCUGGGCAUGACAUCUGUGUGAGGCGACACCGUCACCCAGAGGGUCAUGUUUAUGAGGCGAGGAAGAUCCCCCUGCGCCUCAGCCACACAUGGACAGCCUGGUCCACCCGGCUGGAUCUGACCGGUUCUGAGUACCACCCUUUCCUCGGGUACAGAGUCAAGUGUUUAUGUGAUGAGAGUAUAUACACCUCGUUUUUCACUUCUUAAUAAACAGCUGAGGAUGAGCUGAGGCCGCUGGUGCCCUGAGCAACUCCUAAUGCAAAUGUGGACAAAGUGUCUUUGUGUUUUUCUACUUUAGCCUGUUCAUGUUAUGGACCAAAUUUCAACAACGAACUCAAGGAAAAUUUGUACCUGCCGUAUUUAUGCUUUCAUGUAAAAGGGUUUUGGAGGGGGGGCUCUUUUCACCUUCAGUGAACUUUUUCCAAGUCCUUUUCUCACUGUUUCUGUCUGGUUUUGAAACAAAUUACAGUUUUGUAUGGAUUUUUUUAAAUGUGCAUUUUGAAACAAAUGAUCAAAUAUUUUUGAGAUAACUGAAUAAAAGGCAGAAUUAUUAGGUUA